AUGUACCUGCAGGAGCAGGUGGUGGUGCAGGAGGGGCUAGACCUGGACGGCUCCCUGGGCAUCAGCUGUGCUAGACGCUCGGACCAGGGCACCUACUUCUUCCGAGUGGAGCAAGGGAAUGUGAGAUACAGCUACAGGGCCAAGAUGCUGCAUGAGCGAGUGACAGGGCAGGAGGAGUACCAGCUGAACCUGCAGGAGCAGGUGGUGGUGCAGGAGGGGCUGUGUGCCCACGUGUCCUGCUCCUUCACCUUCCCCAGAACUCCUUUUUGGUCUCCACUCAUCGUCUACUGGUUCCGGGAGGAGGAUAAAGUUACGGACGCUCCUGUGGCCACGAAUGACGAACAGAGAUACGUGAAGCCAGGGACCCGGGGCCGAUUCCAUCUGCUUGGGAACCCCACAGACGGGAACUGCUCCCUGGGCAUCAGCAGCGCUACACCCUCGGACCAGGGCACCUACUUCGUCCGAGUGGAGCAAGGGAAUGUGAAAUACAGCUACAGGGACAAGAUGCUGCAUGUGCAGGUGACAGCGCUCACAGAGAAACCUGCCAUCCACGUGGCAGAGCCGCUGGUGUCGGGUCGCCCUGGGCGCCUCACCUGCAGCCUGCCAGGAGCCUGUGCAGCAACGGUCCUCCAGUUCUCCUGGGCAGGCGAGAUGCUCGGCCCCUCCCCACCAGCCUCCCCAGAGCUCAGCCUCACCCCGAGACCCCAGGACCACGGCAAGAGCCUCAGCUGUCGAGUGACACUCCUGAAGACUCAGGAAACCACGGAGACGACCAUCCGUCUCAACGUGUCCUCCCUGGAGACCACCAAAAAGGGUUCCCUGUCAGUAGAUUCUUGGAGGGCCAAGCCCCCCUCCUGCAGCUGUGAGCUCCCAGAGCAGCGGGGCUCCUGGCCGCUGGUGCUCACGCUGAUCCGGGGCGCCCUCAUGGGGGCCGGCUACCUCCUCACCUAUGGCCUCACCUGGGCCUACUACACCAGAUUUAAAAAUGAUCAUCAGGACCUGACAGGGGGACCAGCUGUGCCUGCGGGAGGAAGAGGGGGAGCAGGGCUGACUCUGUGUCCCCACCCAGGGCUCAGACAGGGGAACCAGCUGUGCCUGCAGGAGGAAGAGGGUGGAGGGGGAGGGGGAGGGCAGAGGGGAGCACGGCUGACUCUGUGUCCCCACCCAGGACAGAAGGACUCAAGGUACCAGCUGAAACUGCAGGAGGAGCAGGUGGUGGUGCAGGAGGGGCUGUGUGCCCACGUGUCCUGCUCCUUCACCUUCCCCAGAACUUCUUUUUGGCCUCCACUCAUCGUCUACUGGUUCCGGGACGGGGAUAAACUUAUGGACACUCCUGUGGCCACGAAUGACGAACAGAGAUACGUAAAGCCAGGGACCCGGGGCCAUUUCCACCUGCUUGGGAACCCCAGAGACGGGAACUGCUCCCUGGGCAUCAGCAGCGCUAGACGCUUGGACCAGGGCACCUACUUCUUCCGAGUGGAGCAAGGGAAUGUGAAAUACAGCUACAGGGACAAGAUGCUGCAUGUGCAGGUGACAGCACUCACAGAGAAACCUGCCAUCCACGUGGCAGAGCCGCUGGUGUCGGGUCGCCCUGGGCGCCUCACCUGCAGCCUGCCGGGAGCCUGUGCAGCAACGGUCCUCCAGUUCUCCUGGGCAGGCGAGAUGCUCGGCCCCUCCCCACCAGCCUCCUCAGAGAUCAGCCUCACCCCGGGACCCCAGGACCACGGCAAGAGCCUCAGCUGUCGAGUGACACUCCUGAAGACUCAGGAAACCACGGAGACGACCAUCCACCUCAAUGUGUCCUAUGCCCCACAGAACCUCACCAUCCACGUCUCCUUCGAAGCUGCCUCAGUCCUGAAGAUCCAGAAGACCACCUCAGCCCUUUCAGUUUUGGAGGGCCAGACAGUGUGGCUGCUCUGUGGAGCUGACAGCAACCCCCCUGCAGAGCUUAGCUGGUUUCCAAGGUCCCCAGGCCUGAAUGCCACCAUCCCCUCCCCCAACACGGCCAAGCUGGAGCUGAGGCUGCCAGAGGCCACAGAAGAUGUGGCGUUCCACUGCCAUGCUCAGAACUCUCUGGGCUCCCAGAACAUCUCUCUCAGGCUGUCUGUGCUCUCCCCCCCGAAGCUUCUGGGCCCCUCCUGCUCCUGGGAGGCCCAGGACCUGCACUGUAGCUGCUCCUCCCGCGCCCGGCCCGCCCCUGCUCUGAGCUGGUGGUUGGACCAGGGGCUGCUGCAGGAGAACCGCAGCAACGCCUCCUUCCAGGUCACCACCUCCAGACCCCAGGAAUCCUGGGCCAACAGCUCUCUGAGUCUCCGGGAGCGGUUCGGCACCGGCCUCACGGUCCGCUGCGAGGCCCGAAAUGUCCACGGGAUGCAGAGUUCCUCGGUUCUGCUGCAACCAGGGAAGCCCGGGGCUCUGUCGGCAGUGGUUACCCCGAUUCUCGGAGCUGCCAGUGUCCUGGCCCUGCUGUCCCUCUGCUUGUGCCUCGUGGCUGUCGCCUGCGUGGUGAGAGCUCGCAGGAAUGUGGUCAGCGCAGGACCAGGGGCUGUGGCCAGUGAGGCUGUGGCCAGUGAGGACCCCGUCAUGGACUCUGUGGCCUGGGGCUCCAGGGCAAAGCACUGGCCAGAUAGCCCCCCAGACCAGAUGAGCCCCACCCCAGGGGAGGCGCAGGAACUCCACUACGCCAAUCUCAGUUUCCAUAAGAUGCCGGUGAGGGAGCCCCAGGACCGCAAGAGCCACGUGCCCACCGACUACUCCGAGAUCAAGACCAGCAAGUGAUGGUCAGGACUCCGUGCUGACCCUGCCUGGCCUGAGGGCUGCUCCCGCCAGGCUCCCUGGAGUUUCCCCCAGUGGGCCUAAACACAGCACUGGCCUCAGACCUGGGUCUGCAGGCCCCAGCCCUGCCCAGCAGCGACUGCUCUGUACCUCGGCUUCCCCUCCCGAGACCCAGCAAUGACACAGCGGCCUUGAAGGCUGUUGGCGUCAUGGAAGAAUCACGUGGAGACAGCACUGGCAGCCGGCGCAGCCUGUGCCAUGGUCUCCCUCCUCCAACAGAAAGACCUUGCCGGCAAGUCCUCCAAGACUGGGGUGACCCGGGAUCGGAGCACAUGUGUACAUCGUUCCCUUUCCCGGAUUCUGCGAGGAACAAGGCUGGCCCCUCUGCGGACUUCUGGUUCCCUGGCUGAAGUUCUGCUCGCUAGGCCUCCUGACCCCCUCUGCUGUCCACUGAGUAUGUCCCUUCACCAGAUCACCUCUGGCCCCUUCCUUUUGUCACCCGUGCACCCCGAUAGUUGAUGUGGACCCUCCUGAGGGCCCUGGCACAUUGUCCAGGACCGUGCAGAGCUAGCAGGCCCCGGCUUGCGUUCCUGUGACCUUGCUGCUGUUGACACUCCUCUGCGAGCAGCCCCUCCCUUCAUUAAACCUUUGCUGCACUGACUUGGAGAUUGGCGAUGCCUCCCCCAGAGACUUGCAGCAGGGUCCCACCUUGUUUCCCUUUGGGGGGCAGGAGGUGGGAAUUUGGGGCCAUACCUGGUGAUGCCCAGGGGUCACUUCUGGUGGGGCUCUGCAGUGCCAGGAUGGAGCCAGUGGUGGUCACUUGUAAGCCAGACGUCUAACCCUCACACUCUCUCUGCAACCCUGGUUCACACCAUCUCACCCUUCAAAACUGAGUUCCUGGACAAAUUGGUUUAAGGGCCAGAUUGAUAGCACAGUAGAGAGGGCACUUGCUUGCACAUAGCUGACUGGGAUUGAAUCUUGGCAUCCCAGGUGGUCCCCAGAGCCCGCCAGGAGUGAUCCCUGAGCGCAGAGCCAGUGUGGUCCAAUAACAAACUCAAAAGUAAACAAACAAAAAUUUGGAUUGAGGGUAGACUGAAGAAAUGACUUCCUUAAGUUGAAGUCAUUUGAGGUUUGUUUUUUUUAAAGGAAAUCACUAUGAGGCUGGAGAGAUAGUACGGUGGGGAGUGAGCUAGUCUUGCACAUAGAUGACCUGGGUUCAACCCCCAGCAUCCCAUAGGGUCCCCUAUGCCCCCAAUGGGAGUGAUCCCUGAGCUCAGAACUAGGAGUAAGCCCUGAGCACCACCAGGUGUGACCAAACAACAACAAAUAUGUGUGAGUAUCACUAAAUUCAAGGUAGCACAGUUGUGUCAGACAUGCCGUGUUAGCUCACUUGGGCGAAUGUUUCUGAGACUUCAUUUAGAGAUACACAUUGGCAGCUUCAGAGCUAAAUCCAGGACCCAGGACCCCCAACCCUCAAGCUUUAGCCUCCAGAAAACCCCAAGUGACCUGGAAAAAAGACCCUGCUUUUCCCUUCCUGUGCCCUGAUUCCUGCUCUUAUGUUUUUUCUUUUUGGGGUGCUACACCUGGCUGUGCUCAGGAAUGACUCCUGGCUCUGCGGGGUCCUCCUGGCAGAGAUUAGGUUCUGGUCAUCCAACUGGCAUCAGUUGCCUGCAAGGCAAGCACCUCACCUACUGUCCUAUCUCUCAGCACUCUUACAUUUUUAAAUCACCAGUAAAGAACUGACCCACAAAAACCUACCCUCCUUGAACCCAGUGUAGACCCAGCAUGAUGGCUGCUGGGUCAGAGGAAGUGUCUAUGGAACCCAGGUGAGUCCCCAAGGCAUUCUAGCCAACAGCAUCAUAGCGGUAGGAUGGGACCCACACAGAACCAGCCCCGAGACCCAAACACACCAAGAGGGCUCUGCAAGUAGCUGGGAGAUGGUGUUGGGGGCUGGAGAUGGUGUUGGGGGCUCGACCUGGGAGGCUCUGGGUCCCAUUAGAGUCCCCCUUAUUUGGAAGGUUACUCUCUCCUCCUGCUUUCUGCUGCCAUCAUCUUUCUGGACUGUUUUUAGACAAAACCCAGGCAUAGCACAUCAACUGCUCUUCUGGUUUCCUUUGGAAGCUGGCGUAGCUCUGAGCAUUCUUCAUGGUGGUGGUGGUGGUGGCUGGGGUGUGUGUGACAGCCCCAGCCCCGGAAUCAACAGUGCGUCAGCGAUGCAGGACCCCGUUCAGGUGCCCGUGGCCUCCCUGAAUAUCAGUCUUCCACUGUCAAAAGAGAGUCACUAACAACCCUUUUCAGGUAGGCUGGGAGGAUUAAAUGGACAGAUACAGAGGAAGACACAGCCGGGUAUCUGGCAGGCCUUCACAGAGCUUUGUCCCUUCCUAAUGCUUAUCCAAAGGGGCGAGUCCAGCGCAGUCUCCCACGAAAGUGUGGUGUGGACCAGCAGCAGCAUAGUCUGGGCAUUCAGAACAUAACCUUGGUCUUCACAAUCUUCACUGCAACUGUGAAUUCCCAAGAACUCUGGGCAACCAAAAGGAUGAGGGAAAGCAGAGAUCAGUCCAACCCAGUCUUACCCACUGCUCCUCUCCUUCCCACGGGUACCCCAACCUGUUAGGAGUUUUCUGUCCUUUUUUAAUUUUAUUUUUAUUUUACUUUUUUAUUUUUUGGCAAGCUAUCCGUGGCAUAUUCGAUAUGCCAAAAAUAGUAACGAUAGGUCUCAUUCCCCCGACCCUGAAAGAGCCUCCAAUCGUUAGGAAAGAUGAGUAAGGAGAGGCUGCUAAAAUCUCACAGCUGGGAGGAAUAGAGAUGUUACUGGUGCCCGCUGGAGUAAAUCGACGAACAAUGGGAUGACAGUGAUACAGUGAUACAGUUUUUGGGUCACACCCAGCAAAGCUCAGAGGUUACUCCUGGCUCUACACUC